UACUAUUAUUAUCAUCGCUACUAUUACUUCCUCCCCUUCUCUCUCUCUCGCGCACACACGCACACCGCUUUUCUGCUCCAAGGGUUUGCAAUCUCUCUGUAAAUUCCGUCCCUCCGAUCUCAGUUCGAGCCGAAUUCCAGGGUUUGUUUGCAGCGCAUGUAGUAGUAGUACACAUCUGGAAUCUUAUGUGCGCCGAAGAUUCGGAAUCUACGAGGAUCCGUGAGUGCAAGAAAUCUCCAGCUUUCUGCUUGGGUUGGGCCAUUUUAGGGUUCUGUUGAUGGUUGAAGAGGCAUUUGAAGAUCUGAGGGUUGUGAGUAAUAUUAUAAUUUGAGGGAUUUUGAGAGAUAUGGAUUUGGAUUUCAAUGGUGAUGUUGCGAGCCUCGAUGCCGAACUCUUGCAACUUCCGGAGGUGUCUCCUUUGGCCAUCAAAGCCAACCCUUGCGUCGCAGAGAAGCUUUUUGAUCAGUGGCUAUCCCUUCCUGAAACCAAUUCUUUGGUAAAAUCCUUGCUAAAUAAUGCUAAGGGAGGAGGUCCACUAAAUGUCGCUGGAGUGUCAUCUAGCACAAAUUCCGCAGCAAGCAAUUCGUUGCCUUCAAUGUUCCCUGCUGGUAGUACACCUCCACUUUCACCAAGAAGUUCAUCAGGUUCACCUCGCAUCAUGAAACAGAGGGCAGGGCCGUCUGCUUUAGGCUCUCCGCUGAAAUUAGUAAAUGAGCCUGUGAAGGAGCUCAUACCUCAGUUCUAUUUCCUUAAUGGCCGUCCGCCACCAAAUGAAUUGAAAGAGCGGUGUUUGUUUAGAAUCAAUCAAUUUUUCUAUGGUCACAUGGAUGGUCUCCAAAUGCACGAAUUCAAACCAGUGACGAAGGAAAUCUGCAAGCUACCUUCAUUCUUCUCCACUGCCCUAUUUAGAAAGAUUGACGUUGAUUGUACAGGAGUUGUGACCAGGGAUGCAUUUGUUGAUUAUUGGAUCAACGGAAACAUGUUGACGAAAGAUAUAGCAACACAAAUAUACACAAUUUUGAAGCAGCCAGAUGUCAAAUACUUGGCUCAGGAUGACUUCAAACCAGUGCUUCGGGAACUUUUAGCAACUCAUCCAGGGUUGGAGUUCUUACAGAGCACACCUGAAUUUCAGGAAAGAUACGCUGAAACUGUAAUAUACAGAAUAUUUUACUACGUGAAUAGAUCAGGUAAUGGUCGUCUUACCCUCAGGGAGCUGAAGCGUUCGAACUUAAUUGCUGCAAUGCAGCAUGCAGAUGAAGAAGAGGAUAUUAACAAAGUGUUGAGGUACUUCUCUUAUGAACACUUUUAUGUGAUAUAUUGCAAAUUUUGGGAGCUGGAUACGGAUCAUGACUUUUUGAUUGAUAAAGAGAACCUCAUCAGAUAUGGUAACCACGCACUUACCUACAGGAUCGUUGAUAGAAUAUUUUCUCAGGUUCCUAGAAAGUUCACCAGUAAGGUUGAAGGAAAGAUGGGAUAUGAAGAUUUCGUUUACUUCAUAUUGUCGGAGGAGGAUAAAUCAUCUGAGCCUAGUCUUGAGUACUGGUUCAAAUGCAUAGAUUUAGAUGGAAAUGGAAUCAUUACAAGGAAUGAAAUGCAAUUCUUUUAUGAGGAACAGUUGCACAGGAUGGAAUGCAUGGCCCAAGAACCUGUUCUUUUUGAGGAUAUUUUGUGUCAGAUAGUUGACAUGAUAAGUCCAGAGGAUGAGAGCUAUUUUACGAUACGUGAUUUAAAAGGGAGCAAACUCUCUGGCAGUGUUUUUAAUAUCCUUUUCAAUCUUAACAAGUUCAUGGCUUUUGAGACUCGUGAUCCGUUCCUAAUUCGCCAGGAGCGUGAGAACCCAACUUUGACGGACUGGGACAGGUUUGCGCACAGAGAAUAUAUUAGACUUUCAAUGGAGGAAGAUGCAGAAGAUGCCUCCAAUGGUAGUGCAGAUGUCUGGGAUGAAUCACUUGAGGCUCCUUUCUGAGUUCUGUUUGGUGUCUAUAGUGAAUUCUUUUGUGUCAUACUGGCUAUAAAGCAGUAAUGCAAUGUUUUGCGGGAUGAGCCAUCUGUGGGAUUCGGCAGUCAGCUCAAUCCCACCAUUGAUACGUUUGGAGGCUGUCAAUGAAAUUUUGAGCUUAUCUGCGGUGUAGCUUGCCAAGGUCAAAAAUUGUUUAUUCCGUGCUGUGGGCUUUGGAAAGGUUUGGCGAGAGUGCACCAAUUGUUGACUGGCAACUAACCGGCAACAGUUUAUGUUAGUUCACAACUAUUAGCACUCCCUUUGCCUAGUUGUAAGAAAAUGUUAAUUAAUUAUUUUGUUUUAGAGCCAAAAUCUAGUACUUUUCCUAGUACAUUUUUCGGGUGGGAUUAGUUUGAUGAAAACUGUAGUGUUCUGUUUGCAUUUUACCUUCCUUGAGCCUCUUUUAAUUUCUGAACUUAUGUAGCUGUCUUUGUAUGUUAUAUGUUUUCGCCGCCUUAAAUAUUUGCAUA